UGGAUGAAGAAAAGCAAGAAGAAUCACAGAAUGGAUCAUCAGAACAAACAGCUCCUGCAGUGAAUACUCAUCUGCUUAGUACGAAUAAGAAACUUAGCUACAGGUACUGGGUGCAUUUCUAAAUGCAUGGAUAAAAUACUCUAUGCUCGAAAACAUGAUCAGCAGAGUACUUGAAAACAUGUUCAGUAGACAGUGCUUGGGAACCACUAUAGCUAGAUUAAAGUGGGAAUUUAAAUACCUUGAUUGUCCCCACGAAAUUUUUUAACCUCAGUUAGUGCUCGCAGGAAGAAAAUUAUUCUUUCCACCCAUGGGAAAUAUAUCACUAAAUUUACUUCCGUUACUGAAUACUAUAUCUAUAAUGAUUUUCUUUUCACUCAUUAACGAAUGGAUAUUACAGAAAAAACUUUCAGAGAGUCGUUAACUAAUUCACCCAUUUCGCACCUACAGUACAAUCUAUAAACGAUUUAAUGACAAACGGACAAAGACUAUCCGUGCAGGAAAAUUCUGCAGUCAGUCCAUGAUGUUAGUUUUCACUUCAUUUUCAGUCAAAAGAAAGCAGUUACUAUCCCUGAUGAGAUAUGGUCUGCCGCAACUGAGUCUGGUGUGUCAAAUGUUGACUUCAGUAAAAAUUUAUUGGAAGAUAUUCCAUUAAAGUAAGUGGUAUUAUCAGAGUUUUGCGUCCUUGGAAACUAAUAAUUAAAAAUAUUUUAAAAGUUUUGUGGGGGUUUUCUAAUUUUGGCAAGAAUUAUAAUUUCUAAUUACUCAAUUUUCCUCAUCAAAUUUUGACUAAUUUCUAAUUACUCAAUUUUCCUCAUAAAAUUUUGACUAAUUUCUAAUUACUCGUUUUUCCAUACAUGUAGAUUGUGCACCUAUGAAGGAACUCUGACGUCUGUUAACGUUGGGUCAAACAGAUUAACCAGAAUUCCUCCUGAGUUUUGUCUCCUGUCACGUUUGACUGACCUUGAUAUUCGGUAUGUUAAAUUAAAACUUUUGAGAAGUAAUGCGAGAUUAAUUUAUUUUGAAUUGAAGCGCCGCGUAGAAGGAUCUGGUAAUUAGGCAAUUGUGGCUACAAACCACAUCGUUCAAUAAAUAAACUAAAUAUUAUCCAUUUUGUUUUGAAUCUAGAAAUAAUAGUAUAUCCUCACUUCCAGAUGAAUUCAAAUUAUUGACCGAACUGAGAGAAAUUAUUUUAUCCCACAACAGGUACGUCACUAAUCAUUCUAAUAAUAUAAUCUUAGUCAUGAAAAGAUUGGCAUCUUGCAUAUGUUAUUAGUUAGCCUGCGAGCAGGCUCUUAUGAACGUUUAAAGAAGGCUCCAUGGAUUGACUGUUUUAGUUUUUCCUCCUCGGCUGUUAAGGAAACAAUUUUCUUCUAAUUUAGAUUUACAAGUCUACCAGAUGUUUU